CAGUGUGAGAGUGUCAGUAGAUGAUCAGCAGAGGAAAGUGAGAGCUGCUGUGAGCUGAUGUCCUGAAGGGCUUUUAAAGAGUCUCUGAGUUUGACAGGAACAUGAAGAUGUUUGUGGUGUUUGUGAUCCUCCUGCACGUUUCCCAGCAUGCCAUCUCCACAGUGGUAGAGGUGUAUGAGGGGGAAUUAUCUGUCCUGUUGACUUGCAAGUACUCAGGUUUUACACCUGAAAACCCCACAGUGCUGUGGACUCGCAAUGAUCUCAACCCCAAAUCUGUCCACCUACAACGAGAAGCAACAGAUGAUCUUAAAGGGCAAAACCAGCGUUACAGAGGGCGCACAUCAAUGAGGUCUGAUGCUCUGGACACUUUAGACUUCAGCCUCACUCUGAGAAAACCAACAAAGACUGAUAGCGGCACCUACACCUGCUCCAUCGGAAAUGAAAGAAAUGAACUGAAACUGACAGACAUACAGCUGCAUGUCAAAGGCGAGCAGGUGGAGGUAAAGGUGGAGGAAGGGUCAGAGUCUGUGAUCCUGCCCUGCAAAACAACACCUGACCUGGCUGAGGACACCACAGUGGAGUGGACUCACUCUGACCCUGAACUGAUGGUGGCCCAAGUGCAUUCAAACAAUAGUGAUCACCCGAAACAGCUGGACAACCUUUACUGCGGCCGCGGAAAAAUGAACAAAGACCUGCUGAGAACUGGAGACCUCAGUCUGACCCUGAAAUACCCCACAGAGAGAGACAGUGGAGGAUACAUCUGCACCAUCUACAGGGACAAAGACAUCCUGAGACAGAAAGUAGUGCUGCAGGUCAAAGAACGGUUUCCAUCCUGGGCCAAAGCUCUCCUGGUUCUUCUGGUUCUUCUUGUGGUUUCUGGAGGUCUCAUAUACUAUUUGCGGCACUAUUUCAAGCCAGUUUACCAGGUGGGGGUGGAUUCAGGGGUGGAGUGUAUCUUGCUGAUCUGCAAAACCACAGUUUGGCUGCCUAAAGACGCUAAAGUGGAGUGGAAGGACAAAAACAACAGGAAGGUCCACGUAUAUAAGAACGGCUCUGACCAGCCUGAAGAACAGGACGAUAAAUACAAGAACCGAACAAAGAUGAAGAGAAACUUACUGGAACCUGGAGACCUCAGUCUGACCCUGAAACACCCCACAGAUGGAGACAACUCCACCUACACCUGCACCGUCUACAGCAGGGAGGGAAACAUGCUGAUGAUGAAACAAGUGGAGCUAAAAGUCAAAGUCCCCCAGGUGGAGGUGGAUUCAGGGGUGGAGUCUGUCCAGCUGCCCCUCAACACCACACUUCACCUGCCUGAAGAUGUUAAAGUGGAGUGGAAGGAUAACAAUGCAAAGGUCCACGUGUAUAAGAACGGCUCUGACCAGCCUGAAGAACAGCACCAGGCUUACAGAGACCGAACGAAGAUGAAUGAAGACCUGCUGAAAACUGGAGACCUCAGUCUGACCCUGAAAUACCCCACAGAGAGAGACAACUCCACCUACACCUGCACCGUCUACAGCAGGGAGGGAAACAUCCUGCUGAAGAAACAAGUGAAGCUGAAAGUCAGAGGUCAGUGCUGUAGAUACAGGUCAAAGGUGAGAGGUCAGACUCAUGAUGGUGGUUCAGUCUCAAUGGGCUCCAUCCAAUAAUGUUACAGUGUUAGCAUGUCUGAUGUUUGUGGCUGUUUUGGUUUUUAUUUGAUUUCCAGCCAAAUGUAAAAGCUUCAGCAGAUGAACUGUAGGAGCAAAGUUCAUGUGUGAGACUUCAUCUGAAAGGUAACAUCUUCUAGUUUCUGAACAUGUGUUUGUUUAGCAUGUGGCUAAAACACAGGCUAAGCUAAGUCAGUUCAAAUCUCAGUAAAAACCUUCUUUGGUCCUCGUCUAUAAUCAGUCAUAUCUGAGUCACAAUAACUAGAAGAUGAUUUCUAGCAGAACUGUGAAAAUCUCCACAUCCUUUCUCCAUGUUAUCAUCCAAAGCUGUGUGAAGUUUCAGAGCUCUGCAGCUAACAGAGACUUUCAGUUUGCUGCUCUCUUCCUCUGACAGCUCCAUUCUUAGGGAGCGUUAGUUCUCUGUUUCACUUUAUUCCACUUAUUCAGUCUGAUGCUCUCUGAUCUGUUUCUCUUGUUUAGUGUCUUAAAUGCUGCCAGUGCCUCUCUUUGCUUUAACCAACCUUUCUCUUUAUUUCUGAGCUUUUUAAGGACUUUAACUGAUGCAUC